GUCUCAAACAAGCCUCAACUGUGAAAACCUGCAAUGGCUCAGCUAACACGCAUCGCUUUGAUUAUUGCUAUAAACGCACUGAUGUGCGUUCUCGCAAAAGAAGAGCUGAAUUCUGACCAAUUUGAGAACUUUGAUGUUCUAAGUAUUCUUCGAAAUAAGACAUUAUUAGAUGAGUAUUACAAUUGCUUUAUGGAAAUAGCACCAUGCAAGACAUUAGAACAGCAAAGAUUAACAGCGGCAUUCGGAGAAGCUUACCGAACUAAAUGCAGGAAAUGUACUAAAAAGCAAAUAGAAAUUCUCAACACAAUAACCGACUGGUACAACCUGCACGAACCCGAGAAAUGGCGGCUAGUAGUUGAAAAGACUGUAAACGACUUAAAGAAGAAGUACGCUAACGACCAAUAACUUACAAUACUAUAAUUGAUUUGUAAUAUGAUAACUCAAAUACUAUUUGUAAUAAUAGGGCUACAGGAACAUUUUUGUACAAGUCAUUUUGACUAACGUGCAAUUUGUAUUACAUAUUAACAGAAAUAUAUUCUUAUAGAAAAAUAAACAA